GAAAAACGUAGCCAGCACUAUUGUCGUGAAGCAUUUAUAAUUUGUUUAUAUUUCGUUUGUACCAAAAAAAAAACUGUGAUUCCCGGAUUGUAUCGUUGGCCGUUUCAGGGAACUAACGCCGCUUCGUGAUUCACGUGCCAUCUCUAAUAAAAUUGCAGUGGAUUUGUCAUUUUAUAUAUUGUUUUAGCUUGUGAAAUAUCUGCACGUUAGACAUGUCCUUCUCCACUGAACCCGUAGAUAACAAGUCAGCCGUAUCCGCUCUACAGGAGUUUUGUGCCAAGACAAAGAACAUUCCACCAGCAUAUGAAUUUAUUGACGGCGAAGACGGCGGGUACGUCUGUAAAGUAGAUCUGAUGGAGGUCGAGGCCUACGGAAAUGGCCGUUCGAAGCGCGAUGCCAAACACCUGGCAGCCGUCAAUAUCCUGCGUAAAAUCCGAAAGCUGCCCGGCGUAGAAAACAUUCUGCAGGAUUCGGAAACCAACACGAUGGGUGAUCCGGGUCAGGAAGUGAUCAACUUAAACCGGGACAUGCUGAAGGAGCUGCGAGACUACUGCGUCCGCCACGAGAUGCCACUGCCCACCAUUGAAAUAGUGCAGCAAAGCGGCACACCCAACGCCCCGGAAUUCGUGGCCUGUUGUUCGGUGGCUUCCAUCGUUCGCUACGGAAAGUCGGAUAAAAAGAAGGAUGCCCGUCAGCGCGCGGCCAUCGAAAUGCUAGCCUUAAUUUCCAGCAAUGCGGACAAUUUGCGUCCGGAUGAAAUGCAAGUUGUAAGCACCAAAAAAUCGGAAGGUCUUGCUGUGGAAGAAACGCUGGAGGAAUUGGAGGUGUUGCGCAGAAAGAAGUUCAACACCUACAGGGAGCUCACAGAUACUGGAAGCGUGGACCAUACGGGUCUGCGCCUCUGCGACCGGCACAACUACUUCAAGAACUUUUAUCCUGCCCUGAAGGAGGCGGCACUUGAGGCCAUCAAUUGCGAUGAUUACAUGACCUCCAAGGAUAAGGCUUUGAGCGUGAUGAGCGCUUUAAAGAUAACACCCUCAAUCAGUACACUGGCGUCCUCAUCGAUGGUGCCCAUGCUGUGCGUUGAGCUUAAUUGUGACUUCGACGUGGUCUUUGCAGCGCUGGAAACUAAUAUAUACGACCAAAUAAUAGACUAUUUCCGCACCAUGUUGAUCUAAUGCGUAGUAUCCAAUACGUAUGUGGUAUAUAUAUAACAUUUAUUUAACUAGGUUGGCUUAGAACUAAGUAAACUUCGUCAUAUUUACACUCUAGAAUGCACAUAAUUCAUUAUAUCUUACGUUUAAUACAAUCUCCACAAACGCUGUGGGUGUAAGACAUAAAAAAGUGAUUUUUUCAAGGUCUUUUGGUAAACAUCUAUGUUAACUUUGUACAGGAUUGAUGGUUCUGAAAAAUCCAAGCAAAUCACUAAGGGAAGUGGGUACAACAACAAAAGCUUUCAACAAACUUUCGAGAUGGUGUAACAUGAUUUUAUUAUUUAUUUUCCGACGCCAAUACCGAUGUUAUAUGAUCUUGUUGCUUAUUACAUCUCUUAAGUUCCUAUUAAAAUUUAAAAUAUUCAAACGGCCCAAAGCUAUUGUUUUUAACAACUGAUAAUGUAACAUGUAUUGCACAGUAAAAAAAAACCUACCUUUGUUAUUAUUAAGGUUGCUUAAUUAAACCAAAUGUUUUAAAUAAUUUAAAUGUAAGGCUAGCUGGUAAAACUGCUGCACUCCUUUUGUAUAAAAGUACAACUUUUAUGCGAGUAAAAGGAUUUGCAUUGCAAAGUAAACGGUGAAAAGAUAUUUAUAUAAAAUCUCGUCUUUCAUCAGUUAUGGUUUUAUUCCUACAAUACAAUGCAAAAAUGAAAACUAA